AUGCCAGUCGUACUUGCUGAACAGGCAGCUCUUCGUCAAAUUGAAUCUUUAAUUAUUCAGAGUGGUAAAACCUUAGCUGGUUAUAAUUUGCCUGCUUUAGAUCAGUUUUUAGAUAAUGUCCGAGAAAAUGAUGAAGAUGCUCAAGUGUUUAUUGAUGAAGCAAACCGUGUUAGGCCGUUAUUGAAUGAUAAUCAGCGUAAUGUAGCUGAUGCGAUCCUUGCUGCACUAAGUGAGGAACCUACAAAUGAAAAUAAGCAUUCAAGAUUGUUCUUUUUGGAUGGGCCUGCCAAUUGUGGUAAAACAUUUACUUACAAUUAUUUAAUUGCUGAAGCACGAAGCAGGCAUAUUAGAACUGCAACAGCUGCAUGGACAGGAAUACCUGCAACUCUUCUCAAAAAUGGGUGCAGAAUGCAUGGCUUAUUCAAACUUCUUGUUCCGAUUUUGGAAACUAGCACAUGUAAUGUAACUCCAAACUCUAUUCAUGGUAGAUUCCUGAGAGAAGUCAGUUUGUAUUUACUUGAUGAAGCAUCUAUGAUACCCAAAUAUGCUUUGAGUGCCAUUGAUAAGUUAUUACAAGAUAUUUGUAAUAACAACUUUCCUUUUGGUGGUAAAGUUAUUCUUAUGGGUGGAGAAUUCAGACAAAUACUUCCAGUUGUGAAGCGAGGUCGACCAGCAGAAGUUAUAGAAUCAUGUUUAAAAUGUUCUGAACAUUGGCAAUAUGUGCAAAGGUUCUCAUUAACUGUAAAUAUGAGGGUUCAGAUAGAAGAGGAGGAACUUUCUCAAUGGCUUUUAAAGCUUGGAAGUGCAACAUUUCCUGUCAAGCCUGAAGAUCCUUUGCGAGGGUGUAUUGAAAUACCUGAGCAGUGCUUUCUUAGUUAUAAUGAAUCUAUUGUGGAGAAGAUUUUUGGUGGUGAAGGAGAAGCUGAUUAUGCAAAACGUGCUAUUUUAACGCCAACAAAUGUUGAUUCAUUGGCAAUAAAUGAAGAAGCCCUUCAUCGUUUACCCGGUGAUAUGAAAACAUAUUUAAAUUCAGAUAGCAUUGAAACUGAUGAUCGUAAUGAAAUUAAUAACUUUCCAGUCGAGUUUUUAAAUAGUUUGACUCCAUCAGGUAUGCCUGUUCAUUGCCUAAAAUUAAAAAUUGGUGGUGUUAUAAUGCUACUUACAAAUUUAGAUCUCAAAGGUGGACUUUGUAAUGGAACCCGUUUGAUGGUUCGUGCACUACACAACAAUUACAUUGAUGAUGAGGUUUUAACAGGUGUAUCAGCUGGUAACAGGAUAUUUGUUCCUCGAGUUCAAUUAGCUCCAUCAGAUGCAAAUUUACCUUUUACACUUAAACGUCGUCAGUUUCCAGUUAGUUGUUUCCAUGUAAAAAGCGGUGUUACUUGGCAACGUGUAUUGCAAGAUUGUGAUCCUUGCUAG